AUGUUGUGUAAGAAAUUAGCCCUACUAAGUCUUGCCACUAUCGCCCUUGCUCUUCCUACAGACAGGGUUAGCAAGGGUCUCGUGCCAGGCAAGUUCAUCGUCGCGCUCAAGCCAACUCCCGACGUCGAUCUUGAAUUGCACGCUCGAUGGGUGUCGGAUGUGCACGGUGAAGCCCUCAAGCGCCGUGGCGUGGAGUCUGGUGGGAUUGCCAAGACCUUCAAGUUCCCCGGUUUCCAAGGCUACUCGGGCUCGUUUGAUGAGAAAACCGUCGACAUCAUCAAGGCGAAUUCCAGUGUCUUGCUUGUGGAGCCUGAACAAAUGUUUGAUAUUGCCUCGCCAGUCACACAGCAAUCUCCUCCUUGGGGUCUCUCGGCAAUUUCCAAUGCCAAUCCCCCAUCUUCAAAGGCUUCCUACACCUACGAUUCGACGGCCGGUGCAGGAACAUUUGUUUAUGUUUUAGACAGCGGCAUCUACCUGCAGCAUGAGGAAUUCCAGGGCCGGGCUGUCUUCGGCGCAGAUACGUCAGGUGUUUCCAGCGAGAAGCAGCACGGCACGCUUGUCGCCGCUAUCGUCAACGGUGUCACCUACGGAGUUGCCAAAAAGGCCACUGUUGUAGAUGUGCAGGUUUUGGGCGACAACGGCGGUUCCUCAAGCGGUGUUCUGGCUGGUCUCAGCUGGACUGUUAAUAAUGUUGUGUCCGAGAACCGAGUUGGCAAGGCUGUCAUCAACAUGAGUCUGUCAGGAGCCAACUCAGUCAUCUUCAAUAACGCGGUGCAGAGUGCGAUUGAUGCUGGCAUUCCCGUUGUUGCAGCCGCCGGAAAUGCCAACCAAGAUGCUUCGUCUAGCAGCCCCGCGAACCAACCCAAUGUCAUCACCGUGGCAGCCAGUAACAAGGACUACCAGAGAUGGGCUUGGUCCAACUGGGGGCCAGCCUGUGAUAUCUUUGCUCCAGGUGAAGGAAUCACGUCAGCUUGGCCCACGUCCGCUUCAGCAACAUACACUACAAGCGGCACGUCAGAGGCCGCUCCAUAUGUUGCAGGCGUUGUCGCCUACCUUCUUUCACUGGAGGGUUCGCGUACGCCGGCUCAGAUUUGGUCGCGAGUUCAGGAGCUGGCGAUCAAGGAUAAAAUCACAGACAUUAAGGGGAUUCCAAACCUUUUAGUAUAUAACGGGAUUGGAAAAUAG